AUGCCUUCUGGAUUUAAUAUAUUAGCUUACCAGACCUUUUUAAGUGGGCUCGGCGUGAUGGUCUUCUUUCACAACACCGUUCUCUCCGCUAUCACAUACAUACCAAACACCCAGCUGCGUUUCCUCAAAAUCAUAUUCAACUUCACUGGUGGAGUUCGAUUUAUUUUUGAUUUCUUUUACAUCGCCUUACAAUCUGUGAUUCUGACGAACUGUGGGGUCUUGGCAUACAUACACGACAUAUUCAACUUAAUAUACAGAACAUCACUAGCAUGUUUCUUGUUAUGUAAUUUGAGAAAGUUGUCGGAACGAAAGGUGGAUAAGUGGAUCAGUCUAACGCUGCUGGUGAUAAGGGUUUCCUUUCAAACCCUUCACGUGAUCUUUCUGCGUCCUAAAGUCACAAGCAUAAGCAUGUCAUGUAAUCCGGAAAUAAAUAGCGGCACGUCUUUACCAAUUUUUUUAAUGACAGGUUUCUUGAUCACCGACUUCAUAAUUGAACUAUAUGUCGCCUUCCGAUUCAUCUACAUCCUCAAGCGAGCCAAAAAGAUUCACACCAGAAAUGCCCUAAGUUACGGUCUCUCAUCCGACUCACGAAUAAUUCUUAGGAAAUUCGGCGGAAUUCAAUUCUGGUUUUUGAUUCGGGUGUUCAUUGCUCUGUCCUUAACCUUCAUAACUUUGUUUGAUAGCUUUUUCAAUCUACGGGGUGUUGCUAAUCAGAUCGUGGUGGAUGUUGCUAAUCAGAUCGUGGUUCCAACAAUAAUUUGUCUGAUUUGCAUCGCGAUGUCUUACGUCAUCACCUUGGAAAGUGAGAUCGUUGAGGCUUACGCUGGAAACCCGAACAAUGAAAUUGAAAGUCAACCAAAGUUUAUUAGUGAGCGUGAAAGUGUCACAGUGUUCUGA